UAGAUAUUCUGCGAGCAAAGGCGAACUACAACUGCUGUCGAGUGACCUGUGGGGAUCCGGAAAUAGAUUUUCGGCAAACAAGAACUACGGCUGAUGUCAUGUGAUCUAAAGAGAUCCGGAAAUCGACUCGGCACGAGCAAAAGAGAACUACAAUUAUUGUCACAUGACCCGAAGAGGCCCGGAAAUAGACUGUCGGCAAGCAAACGAGUGUGAGGAUCAUAAUAAUAAUAGUAGUAGUGAAAUGUCGGGGGGCGGGAGCAGAAGGCUGAGCAGUGAGAUGUGCUCUUACAGUAAGUUAAAAAAGGAAAGGAGGAGAUUUUUCUAAAAAUAGCGAGACUCGGGCGUUUAUUCGGGCCUUGCCGCUUGUGACACUUAGUUUGUACCAGCAGUUUUAUAUUCUUCAUGCCAUUUUGGAGAAGAAUCUUUGAGUAGAGAGAAAGACAGUCGCUAACUCGAGGAGGGGAAACUGCACAUAUGUACUCAUUUCAGAUGGACAAAGAGAGAUUCGCCGUGAGCCGUGGGCCUUGCUCAUGGUUAGAGAUGCACCAGUUCAUUGGGGACCUCAUGGCUUCCAGCUCCAGCCAGCCAGCAAAGGACUCUGUCCAGCAAGAGGCUCUGCGUUCCUCCUGGGAGGCUGCAGGACAUGAAGCUUUGGGCCUCAAAGCAGCUGCUCUACCUGUAGCGCCUGCCCAGGGCAAAGCCGCUCAGGGCAAAGGACCGGCUGGAUACAGCCUGCAGACCCUCACAGGACCUGCGGACAGGAGCAGGGAGACAGGAGGCAAUGUUCAGCACCAUACCUGUACGUGCCCUGGCUGCCCCUUCUCUUCCUUCUCUUCUUCCACUUCACCACCUACUUUCCAGACCCUGAAGCCCAGGCAGAACCCUUCUUCGCGAGCUCAGCCACCCCCGUCUGAGGAAACCCCACAGUCCAAGGAGACCAGCAAUGGACCGGUGAACCUGGGCCUCUGCUUAGGACUGGACAUGUCCUUAGAUGAAGAGGCAGGCAGCCCAGGUAGUCCAUGUAAUCCACAGCGUGGCCAGCAGCAGCGACAGCACCAGGAUAAAGGCACUGACUCCCACUCCAACAACAGUAACAACCCCACCCAGCACAGCUCUCCCCAGGUGCCAACCUUCCCUUGUCUAUGCUGCCAUCGUGGCUUUCAGACGUGUGCUCAGCUUUUUAGCCACCAGCAGGGCACCGAAACACACUUUCCGCAGACUGCCCAUCACUACCAUCACCACCACUGCCCGCUUACCUCGUGCCUGCAUUGCCCCCAGCUUCCCCAUCCUCCCCAGUCCCCGGCUCCCUUCCCUUGCCUUUCCUGCCAGCGCACGUUCCAGACGUGUGCCCAGCUUCUGAGGCACCAGCAGGGUCAUGCACAGCAGGAGGGGGUACCCCAGCACCCCUGCAUGCACUGUUCUGCCUCUUUUGCACGGCCCUCCCAGCUCCUCCAGCACCAGCGCUCGCAGCACGCCUCCAAGGCCGGGGGCUUCCUGUGUGCCGAGUGCGGCCGGGCCUUCAACUCCCACAGCAACCUGCGCAUCCACCUCAACGUGCACACCGGAGCCCGGCCAUACUCUUGCAGCGACUGUGGCAAGAGCUUCAGCCAGUCGGGGGCGCUCAAGAUACACCGCCGUAUACACACUGGGGAGCGUCCCUACACCUGCACCUACUGCGGGCGGGGUUUCCCUCACCUGGCAGGCAUCCGUGCUCACCAGCGAACCCACACAGGUGAAAAGCCUUACCGCUGCCCCCAGUGCGGUAAAUGCUUCACCCAGUCAGGUGCGCUGAAAAUUCACAUGCGCAUCCACACUGGGGAGAGACCCUUCGUCUGUGGCCUGUGUGGCAAGGGAUUCUCCAAUCGCUCCGGAAUUCGCUUCCACCACCGCACUGUGCACGGAAUCCUUUCCGAGGCCAGCCUUGCUUUAGAUGGCCACACUGGGCAUUCAGCCUCCUCUGCCGUUGGCUCCAUCGAUACCGGUGCAAACUCAGGCUUCCGGCUGAUGAGCAGUCGGAGCACCAGUCCCACGGUCAGCCUCACCUCCAGCUCCAAUACCUGUGAGAGUCCCAGCACUAACCCGGACACUGAUUUGAGUGAUCCUGCAUCCUCAACCAUUUCGGGGUCCCUCCUGUCGCCUGCAUCGUCCUUCAGCCUCGACCCCGGCAGCAAACCCAACUCAAUUUCAGGGAAGGACACCCAGAAGAGGGAGGGCUCUUCUCAGCAUGAAUCCAGACAGUACGCCUGUGAGGACUGUGGCCGGCGCUUCCGGGACGCCCCUUCCAGGAAUAAGCACCAGACGCUGGAGCACUACUCUGGCCAGGAGGCGGAGGAAGAGAAAGAUGGAGAUGGAGAGGAGGAAGGCUUGGAACAAGUUGAGGAGAGUGCAGUAGGAGAGACAGUGGAAAGUCUGAUGGAAUGAUGGUUUUCUUUAAUUUGCCCAUGAGUGCCUAAUGUGGGUAAGAAAGGAUAACAGCCUGAAAAUGAUUCUGAAUGAGAUUAAGAUGGAAAGUUGUAUUCAGGAGAGGAAGGACUGAGGGCAGCAACAUGAUAAGGGAAUAAAGGAAAAUUUAUAAAUUAUAUUGAUUUGGGGGGAAGCAGAGGCUAGAAGCACAGAGAAGUUGUGCCUCUGAGUGGUAGAACGGUUCCACAAUUGUGCCCUUGUCAAAUUGAUUCAAGUAGGUCUUUUUUGUAUUUUUAUUUACGAAGCACUUUAAAAACAUGAGACUAAUACUGUAAGCCCAGAAAUUUUUGUAAGAUUUGUAUAUUACUUUGAAAUGAAAUAACUUUUUUUGCAUCACCCUUUCACUGAUGCCUCUAAAUACCUUGAUAUGAAUAUGAGGGCUGCAAUGCUGCCCUUUCGUUUCCAUGUUGGCACUGUAGUAUUUCUGAUAGUUACAUUUGAACAGUUUGCUGUGCGAUUUAUCCUAAAUGGUUUCAGUUUAAAAAAAAGUCACAGUAUGGUUAUAACAGUGACCCUCACCAGGAACAGCAGCCAGAAGAAGCUGAGACCAAACCAUAUGGUUAUAGUUGCAAGUUUGUCGAACCUCGUGAGUUGACUGAACCAGAUGGAGCCUUUUAACACAGUUUUAUACUUUUGUGUAAAAGCUAAACAGGUCUGAUGGAGUCUGACUUCUAAAAUUUAAGCACGUUUUUCAUUUAUGAUGCCCAGACUUGCUGUUCAGCAACCCACUAAAACCGACUUAGAUCAGCAGUGUUGCUUAUUACUUUUCAGAGAGCUUACAUUUUCCCCAUCACCUAUAGAGGAUUAGCCAAUAUUUCAUUAUGCACUUAGUCGUAAUCUGUUUACAAAUUAUUUUGGGGAAAAAUAUGCCUUGAUUGAACUUCACUGGGCAAUUUUGUGGAAUUUUUUUUAACAAGAGGUAUCUCAACAAAUAGCAGUGUUUGUGUUCGCACAUUUGCAGUGGUACUGACUACAUGCUGAGUGCAUUUGAAAAUAGAAUACAUUACAGUUAAGGGACAAUCUGUUGACUGCUGGAAAAUUGACCAAUAUUUUGGGAAUGGAAGUCAUGACAUGUGUUUAAUAGCAUCCAUUCUGAAUGGUGUUGGAGUAACCGUGUUCAAACUUGCUGCAAAAGCAUUAUGACUGAGUCCUUUUGACAUAUCUGCUCAAAUUAUAACAGCACUUUUGCUUUCGUGUCAUGCUCAACUGUUAUAAUCCGCAAGGCGCGUACCUGUGGUGUGGUUUUGCACUGAAACACUGAGAUUGACGCCAGAGUAUGACACCUGUAAUUAGUCCAUGACAAAGAACCAGCACGUUGAAAUAAACGCACCGCACCGAAUCCCUGUCACCUGUCUCGAACCAUUAUGAGAUCAGUGUAUUUUGCUAGUGAUUGAGAUACUUGUUUAGUUGAGGAUGCGUGGUCUUGCGAGUGCAAAGACCUGGCGAGAGAUCAGUGCCUUCCCCAAACUGUAGGAUGCGAAUCACUCAUUGCCACCUCUAAGGAUUGCUCAUUAUCACCUAAGAAUAACAAAGUUAGUCUUGAUGGUACUUAUGCUAGGGAUAUAAAAAUGACUUCAAAAUGUGUUCAUCACAUGUAUCUUGGGACAUUUAUUUUAAACAGUGAGUAGUGUAUGUACAUUUUGUUUCUUUUUUAAAGCAAAAUUGGUGAAACACUGGUAUGUACACACACAGUUAAUUUUAGUGAUUUAGAGAUAUGCUAUCUUGGAUGUGUGACCGAACGCCUGCAGGUGCAAUUCAUAGUAGGAGCUAUCUUAUAUACCUUGAGGAAUAUAGUAAUUAACCUGAAUCAUUUGGGUUCACUAGUAUUAUUGCAGUGAAGCUGUACCGUAAACCAAAUUUCACAUUUCCGAAAACAAGUUUAGAAGUGCGGGUGGGACAGUGGUGCAGCGGAUAGCGCUUGUGCCUGGAAUCUUCUGGGUUCUUGGUUUGGACAUGGGUUUAAUCUGGCUCAGUCUGUGGAGCUGGCAUGUUCUCCCUGUGUUCAUGUGUUUUCUCUCCCAGUCCAAAGAUGUGUGUUUCAGGCAAAUUAGUUACUCCAGAUUGCCCUUAGUGUGUGUAUGUGCAAGUUAAUGAGCGUGUGUGAGAUUACCCUGUGAUGGACUUGCCUCCUUUCCAGGGCAUACUCUGCCUUGCACCUUAAGUCUCCAGGACAGGCUCCGGACCACCCCGACCCCGAAUUGUAUAAGUGAGCAAUGAAUUAAUGACUGCUGUAGAAAACAACAAUAAUAGUGUAACUGACAAAAUGUUGAUGCACAAAAUUGAUUUAAGAAAAAAAUGGGAUCUUACACUCUGUUUUAAAAGUGCAGCAUUUAA